AUGGCUCCAGAAUUAGGAAGAAACAUUCGGUCUCAGUUUCUAUUUGAUCCAAAGUAUACUUCGCUAAACCAUGGCUCAUACGGCUCCAUUCCCAAGGCACUUGUUCCUGUCAUGCAAGACCUACGUCUGAAAUCAGAAGUCAAUCCCGAUCGCUGGCUAAGACGUGAAAUGUUUCCUGAAUUACAGAAAAAUAAGGAAACUUUGGCAGAGCUCGUUCAUGUCGAUCCCCAAGAGCUCGUAUUUGUAUUUAAUGCCAUGACAGGUAUCAACACUGUAGCUCGAAGUCUACCUUUAGCUGCUGGAGACAAAGUUAUCUACUUUAAUACAGCAUAUAAUUCGGUGGAAAGCACCAUCAAAUUUGUCAAAAACUCAGAGAACGUGAAAUUGAUAAAGAUUGACUUGGCCUAUCCUAUGAGUGACGGUGAAGUACUGGAUAAAAUCAAGGACACCAUUGAAAAGGAGAAUAGCAAAAACGAUGGAGAAAUCAAGCUUUGCUUUAUGGAUGCCAUUAGUUCCGUACCAGCCGUUCGUUUCCCUUUUGAAUCUGCCAUUAAAUUAGUCCGUGAGCACAAUAUAUUGAGUUUAGUGGAUGGUGCCCAUGCAUUAGGACAAAUACCAUUGAACUUGCAUGAAACCGAUCCCGAUUUUUUCAUCACCAAUUGUCAUAAAUGGCUUUUUGCUCCUCGAGGAUGUGCCAUCCUUUACGUUCCCUUCAGAAAUCAGCGCUUGAUCCAUCCUGCUAUCAUUAAUUCUGCCUAUGCAGAUCAUAGUGAUGUCUCUGACAAAACAAGUACCUUUCAGGACGAGUUUGUGUGGCCUGGAACUUCUGAUUUUACGAAUUUUAUGUGUGUCAAUGCUGCAAUGGAUUAUCGAAAAUCAUUGGGAGGUGAAGAUGUCAUUAUGAAAUAUACCCAUGAUUUAGCCGUCGAAGGCGGUGAGGCUGCUGCCAAAGUACUAGGUACCGAAGUCAUGGAGAAUCCCGAAAGAUCCUUGACCGUCUCUAUGGUGAACGUCAGAAUCCCAUUAACCAAUCCAACUAUUUCUGAUGAUGCUGUCGUUCAAGUAUUUAUCGAUAAGAUGUUGUAUGAUCAUGAUUGUAUGGCGCCUGUUUAUAAGCACAACGGACAUUGGUAUACACGUCUUAGCGCUCAAGUCUACAAUGAUGUCUCCGAUUUCGAGUUGGUAGCCAAAGCUCUUUUGGCUGUCUGCAAAGAGUUGGAAUCUUGA